CACGAAAGUGACGAAACCACCGUGUCUGCAAUGGCAUCGCCAGCUGCUGCGACCGCGAAGCCGAUCGCCCUCCCGCGGCCGGCGGCCCCAAUCCGCGGCCCCGGAUGCGGGUUCAGGACGCCGCGGUCAGCUGUGGCCGUGGCCGCGGCCGCGGCGGCAGCCCGGUUCAGAGUCUCGGCCUCCGCUUCCGCCUCGGACGUGCCCGACUUCCUCUCCUCCGACUGGCUGGAAACACGCAAGAAGAAGCCUCUCGGCCCCAGGUUGAAUUUUAAUGCAGAAGAAGCAGUGGAAUACCAACUUGAGGCUUUGAAAUACAAUGAUAAACCCCGCCCAGAUUAUGGGGUAGAGGUCAUGUACCGGUUUGCAGGCUUUGAUCCAUUUGAAAGGUCAACUUAUUUUGGGCGACAGUUUGAUCUUGGGCAGUUUGAACGUUUCCGGCGGAUAUUUCACCAUUCAACUUACAGAGUGCUGCUUGGCCACAAAGAAAGAGAGAUACUAAGCAGAUUAUGGGUUGAAGAGAACCAGUUUAAGCAGAGGGUCUGGGUCCGAGGAGCUCGUCCCGAGGAAGAGGAGAUAUUCCAGUUCACGAUGGUUCAGCGGGUUGGAGGCUCUUGGGAUGGGUACUGGUUAACCGAGAGCCUGACCAACGACGACGGGGACACCUUCUCAGGCGGGGUUGCUUAUUGACAGCCCUCUACUACUGUACAUAUACACUCCGCUGUCAGCAUAUAUAUCGAUCGGUGGUAUACAUAUGAAGCCCCAAUAAACGUAGCAAAGUAGCAAGUGUAAGUAGCUAAGUAUGAGCUGAUGUGAUGGUCCGCAUAUAGUCGUCGGUGCGACGCUGCCCAUGCCCAUCCAUGUAAAGGAAUUUGCGGCGGUAGAACUGGUCCGGCGUGUUCCAUACCGCCAGGUCUACCGAAGACGAUCGCUUUCGAAGCACUUGUAAAGCAUUUUUUGUGUGUAGAAUCGUUCGGUUUCGUGGGUGGACGGACAAAA